AUAACACAGAAUUCCGAGAGAUCACAAGAUUAUUUCAGGGGGGUGGGGUGGGGUGGGGCUGGGGGCUUGUCGCCCUUUCAGGCUCCACCCUUUGCGGAGAUUAUAAAUAGUCAUGAUCCCAGCCAGACCCAGAGAUGCUGUAAUGGUGAGACUCUGUAGCCUUCCCGAGGACCUGGAGAAGACUUGCUGCUGAGAAGGACAUUUUGAAGGUUUUGUUGGCUGAAAAAGCUGUUUCUGGAAUCACAUCCCUAGAUCUUUCUUGAAGACUUGAAUUAGAUUCGGGCCAUGGGGACACAGAAGGUCACCCCAGCUCUGAUCUUUGCCAUCACAGUUGCUACAAUCGGCUCUUUCCAGUUUGGCUACAACACUGGGGUCAUCAAUGCUCCUGAGAAGGUGUUCUACUACUCAACAGGAAUCUUUAAGGAUGCAGGUGUUCAAGAGCCCAUCUAUGCCACCAUCGGCGCGGGUGUGGUUAAUACCAUCUUCACUGUCGUUUCUCUAUUUCUGGUGGAAAGGGCAGGAAGAAGGACUCUGCAUAUGAUAGGCCUUGGAGGGAUGGCUGUUUGUUCCACGCUCAUGACUGUUUCUUUGUUAUUAAAGGAUAACUAUAAUGGCAUGAGCUUUGUCUGUAUUGGGGCUAUCCUGGUCUUUGUAGCCUUCUUUGAAAUUGGACCAGGCCCCAUUCCCUGGUUUAUUGUGGCCGAACUCUUCAGCCAGGGCCCCCGCCCAGCUGCGAUGGCAGUGGCCGGCUGCUCCAACUGGACCUCCAACUUCCUAGUCGGAUUGCUCUUCCCCUCUGCUGCUCACUAUUUAGGAGCCUACGUUUUUAUUAUCUUCACUGGGUUCCUCAUUACCUUCUUGGCCUUUACCUUCUUCAAAGUCCCUGAGACCCGUGGCAGGACUUUUGAGGAUAUCACACGGGCCUUUGAAGGGCAGGCACACGGUGCAGAUAGAUCUGGGAAGGACGGCGUCAUGGAGAUGAACAGCAUCCAGCCUCCUAAGGAGACCACCACCAAUGUCUAAGUCAUGCCCCCUUCCACCUCCCUCCCAGCAUGGGAAAGCCAUCUCUCCCUGAACAAGGAAGGGACCUCAUCAGGAUGAACCCAGGACUGCUUCUGAAUGCUGCUACUUGAUUCCUUUCUCAUCCCACGCACUCCAUGAGCAUCCCAAGGCUGGGGUUUGUUGGAUUUUUCAAUGGCUUUUUAAAUAUUUUAUUUCCUGGACAUUCUCUUCUGCUUAGGAGAGACCAAGUGAACCUACCUUCAUUUCAGGAGGGAUUGGCCACUUGGCAUAUGACAUCUUUGCCAGCUUUUCCUCCCUUGGGUUCUAAUAUUGCCACAUUAGGGGAUAUAGGAGAGGAAAAGUAAGGUGCGGUUCCCCCAACCUCAGACUUAACAGAAAGCAGAUAGACAUAUGAGUGUGGAAGGCAGAGGGGGUUUAUGUAAGAGUACCUUCCUCACUUCCACACAGCUUUACACGGCAAGUAAACUUGAGUUUUAUUUAUUUUAUCCUCUGGUUUAAUUACAUAAUUUUUUUUUUUUACAUUAAGUUCCAGGAUACAUGUGCAGAAUGUGCAGGUUUGUUACAUAGGUAUAUAUGUGCCAUGGUGGAAAUAUUUAUUUUUUUAAGCAUAAUUUUACCAAAUAAUAAAAACAGAAGGAAAUUGAGAUUAGAGGGAGGUGUUUAAAGAGAGGUUAUAGAGUAAAAGAUUUGAUGCUGGAGAGGUUCAGGUGCAAUAAGAAGAAUUUAGGGAGAAAUGUAGUUCAUUAUUGGAGGGUAAAUGAUGUGGUGCCUGAGGGCUGUAUGUUACCUCUUAACAAUUUUUGUCCUUCAGAUGGAAACUCUUGAAGUUUAAUUUUUCAUAAAAGUCAUAUACUUAUAUAAUAAAGCUACUGAUUUCCUUUGGAAUUUUUUUUUAAGAUAAUAGUUUACAUGUAGUAGUACUUGAAGUCUAGGAUUAUUAACUAAUAUGGGCAUUGUAGUUAAUGACGGUUGAUGGGUUCUAAUUUUGGAUGGAGUUGAGGGAAGGGAAAGUGAUUUCUAGAAAGCCUGUUCCCCUCACUGGAUGAAAUAACUCCUUCUUCUUGUAGUAGUCUCAUGACUUUUGAAGUAAUCUGCCACCUAUCUUGUGGGAGCCAUCCAAAUGAGAAACCAAAAAUAAUUGGUUCUUGGUAGAGAUUCAUUAUUUCUCCACUUUGUUCUUUAGUAGAUUUUAGGUGUUGAUUUUCUGUUUUAUUUUAACUCAUACUUUUAAAGGAAUUCCCCAAAGAAUGUUUAUAGCAAACUUGGAAUGUGUAACCUCAGCUCUGGGAGAGGAUUUUUUUCUGAGCGAUUAUUAUCUAAAGUGUGUUGUUGCUUUAGGGUUACGGCACGCUUGCGUAUGUCUGUUACCAUGUCACUGUGGUCCGAUGCCGGGUGCCCUUAGGGGACUUGAAUCUUUCCAAUAAACCACGUUUGAGAUAGUAUGAGUCAAUGUGCAGUGUAGCCACACUUGAGAGGAUGAAUGUAUGUGCACUGUCACUUUGCUCUGGGUGCAAGUAUGUUAUUGUUGACUUAUUUUCUCUGUGUUUGUUCCCACAGCCCCUUUUUCAUAUGUUGCUCAAUCUCCCUUUCCCUUCUUGGUGCUUACACAUCUCAGAACCGUUAGCCAAACCCUUGCCAGUGACAGUAUUUUGGUUCUCAGUUCUCACUGUUCCUGUGGAGCCUUUGAAUAUAAACACACAUAGCUGAGGCCGGGUGCGGUGGCUCUCGCCUGUAAUCCCAGCACUUUGGGAGGCCGACGCGGGCAGUCAGGGAUUCGAGACCAAUCUGGCCAACAUAGUGAAACCCUGUCUCUACUAAAAAUGCAAAAAUUAACGGGGCAUGGUGGCGGGCACCUGUAAUCCCAGCUACUCGGGAGGCUGAGGCAGGAGAAUCACGUGAACCCGGGACACAGAGGUUGCAGAUCACGUCAUUGCACCCUAGCCCAGGCCACAGUGCAAGACCCCGUCUCAAAAAAAAAAAAAAAAAAAAAAGAAAAGAAAACGACACAGCUAUGGAGUGGGGUUUAGCUUGAAAAGGUGACCUUGCAAUUUCAUGUCAACUUCUGGCUCCUCAAACAGUAGGUCGGCAGUAAGGCAGGGUCCCCUUUCUCACUGAGAAGAUUGUGUAUAUUUCCAUAUGGAUUUUCUAUUACUAAUGUUACUCUGAUGCUUUGUUUUAAAAUAAAAAUUCUGAAUGUACAUGAAA